CCUGCGCUCAACGGGCAAAGUGUGGCCUACGCCAUGCUCAAGUUCCCCUCCGAAUCUGUGAACCCGCUGCACACCCACCCUCGCGCGGCCGAGCUGCUGCUCGUUCUUGACGGCACGCUCUCCGUCGGUUUCGUCGACACGGCCGGCAAGCUCUACACGCAGGACCUGGCCGCCGGCGACAUGUUCGUGUUCCCCAAGGGCCUGGUGCACUACCAGUCCAACCCGGGGCAAAGCCCCGCCGUGGCGCUCUCCGCGUUCGGCAGCUCCGCGCCUGCCACCGUGUCCGUGCCCGUCAGCGUGUUCGGCACCGGCGUCGAUGACGCCGUGCUCGCCAAGUCAUUCAAGACCGACCUUCCUACCGUGCAGAAGCUCAAGGCGGCGCUCACUCCACCUCCCAAGAAGUGA